UGUUUGGUUGAGGCAGUGAUGGACUCGCUCCACCUGGACGCAGCAGCAGCUGCGCGCUAAAACUGGACCUGGGAAGUAUGCAGACGCCUCGGCGACGCGCGUCGUGACCUCACGAGGAGCUCCGAAUCGCGCUCGAUUUUUCCGCUUCGACUCGUCGUCAGAGCCUCGAAAUUCGGUAUCUAUCUUCAUCUUGGCGCACCUGCUCCCACCCCUCCUCCUCCUCAUCCUCCUCCUCCUCCUCCCCUGUCCCUACACAGGAACAGCAGAAAGCAGCGGUGAUGGGGAGGACCACCAUGUAGAGGCGAAGAGGCAACGGAGGCACGAGCAGAAUAGCAGCAAUGGGAAGCCACACAUGGAGUGGGUCUGGACUGCAGCCGUGGUGAGCCUGAGACCUACAGGACUUGAAACCACCAUUUUUGCCCUUCUCAGGACCUAACCACUGGGGCUGUCCAGUGCUUACCUGGAUGCUCCCCACUUGUGAUUUGUCACCCAGUUUUCUCCCCCUGCUCCGUCACUCUCCUUCCUCCGCUUCUGUUUCUUCUUUUGGAUGGUUUUUGGUCUGUUGAAAUCAUUUUUUUUCCUGAAACGAAGGCUGCUCAUCCAUUUACCCCCCUUUGGAUAUUUCCUCACCUUUUUUGUUCUUUUUAACCGCCUUCAUUAACCCACAAGAGGUAUUUUUCUCCCUUUUUUUGGGUCAGUGUUGCUUGCUUCAAACCAAUUUUGGAUGUCUUUUUCUUUUCGAUGAGCCCAAGCUCUGUUGUGCAAUUGUUUUUGUUCUUUAAGCAAUAACAAACACUAACAUAACUGACUUGAUUAGCUGACAUCAUGGGGGACAUGUCGAAUAGCGAUUUUUAUGCCAAGAACCAAAGAAACGAGGGCAACCAUGCAGCGGGCUUCGGCUGCUCGCUCAUGGAGCUGCGUUCGUUGAUGGAGCUGCGUAGCACAGAGGCGGUGGCCAAGCUCCAAGAGGACUAUGGAGGAGUAGAGGGACUGUGCAAAAGAUUGAAAACAUCACCUACUGAAGGACUGGCCGGUGUCCAAACUGACCUGGACAAGAGAAAAGAAAUAUUUGGUAGAAACCUGAUACCUCCAAAAAAGCCAAAAACCUUUAUACAGCUGGUAUGGGAGGCCCUGCAGGACGUUACCCUCAUUAUCCUGGAGAUCGCUGCCCUCAUCUCACUGGGACUCUCCUUCUACCACCCGCCAGGGGAGACCAGCGGAGAGUCAUGCGGUGCAGCGGCAGGUGGAGUGGAGGAUGAGGGUGAGUCAGAUGCUGGCUGGAUUGAGGGCGCCGCCAUACUCUUGUCCGUAGUGUGUGUAGUUCUAGUGACAGCCUUUAACGACUGGUCGAAAGAGAAGCAAUUCCGAGGGCUCCAAAGCCGCAUCGAGCAGGAGCAGAAAUUCCAGGUGGUCCGUGGGAGCCAGGUCAUACAGCUGCCUGUGGCUGAUAUAGUAGUAGGGGACAUCGCACAGAUCAAAUAUGGUGAUCUUCUUCCUGCCGAUGGAGUGUUGAUUCAGGGAAACGACCUAAAGAUUGAUGAGUCGUCACUGACUGGGGAGUCCGACCAUGUGAAGAAAUCUGCAGACAAGGACCCCAUGCUGUUGUCUGGAACACAUGUGAUGGAGGGGUCAGGGCGAAUGGUGGUGACAGCUGUUGGUGUCAAUUCCCAGACUGGGAUUAUCUUUACCCUACUGGGGGCAGGUGGAGAGGAAGAAGAAAAGAAAGAAAAGAAAGGAGAGGCGGUCGAAGACGGACAUCAGAACACAGACUGCUCCCAUCCCCCUAUCCACCCCAUUGCAACCAUUGCCACGGAUGGGGCUGCGGGCAUUAAUGCCCCUGGCAGUGCCAACUUUAUUAAUGGUAAAAUGCAGGAUGGCAAUUUGGAGAGCAACCAGAUAAAAGUGAAGAAGCAGGAUGGAGCAGCUGCCAUGGAGAUGCAGCCUCUGAAGAGCGCUGAAGGCGGCGAGGCCGACGAGAAAGAGAGGAAGAAAGUGUCAGCUCCCAAGAAGGAGAAGUCUGUGCUGCAAGGGAAGCUGACCAAACUCGCAGUCCAGAUUGGGAAAGCAGGUUUGCUCAUGUCAGCUAUCACGGUGAUCAUCUUGGUCCUGUAUUUUGCCAUCGACAACUUUGUCCUGAAGAAGCGACCUUGGAUGCCAGAGUGUACUCCCAUCUACAUCCAGUACUUUGUCAAGUUUUUCAUCAUUGGUGUGACUGUGUUGGUGGUGGCUGUACCAGAGGGGCUUCCACUGGCUGUGACCAUCUCGCUGGCAUACUCUGUCAAGAAAAUGAUGAAAGACAACAAUCUUGUGCGUCACCUGGAUGCCUGUGAAACAAUGGGCAAUGCAACGGCCAUCUGCUCAGACAAGACUGGCACGCUAACCACCAACCGCAUGACGGCUGUGCAGUGCUACGUAGGAGAUGUUCACUACAAAGUCAUUCCUGAUCCUGGUGUAUUACCACCCAGAUCACUGGAGCUCCUUGUCAACGCCAUCUCUAUCAACAGUGCCUAUACUACAAAGAUACUGCCCCCGGAUAAGGAAGGUGGUCUGCCAAAGCAGGUUGGAAACAAAACAGAGUGUGGUCUGCUGGGACUGGUCUUGGACCUGCAGCGGGACUACCAACCAAUAAGGAACCAGAUCCCCGAGGAGAAGCUUUAUAAGGUCUACACUUUUAACUCAGUCAGGAAGUCCAUGAGCACCGUCAUUAAACUUCCUGAUGGGAGCUUCCGCAUGUACAGCAAGGGAGCCUCGGAGAUUGUUCUCAAAAAGUGCCCGAUGCCAUUCAAAAGUGCCAGCGUGCAGGCAUCACUGUGCGCAUGGUGACCGGAGACAACAUAAACACAGCCAGGGCCAUAGCCAUCAAAUGUGGGAUCAUCCAUCCAGGAGAGGACUUCCUCUGCAUUGAUGGCAAAGAGUUCAACAGGAGGAUCCGCAAUGAGAAAGGAGAGGUGGAGCAGGAACGGAUUGACAAGGUUUGGCCUAAACUCCGAGUCCUGGCCAGAUCCUCGCCCACUGACAAACACACACUUGUCAAAGGCAUUAUUGAUAGCACAAUGGUCGAUCAGAGGCAGGUUGUGGCCGUGACAGGCGAUGGGACCAACGACGGACCUGCUUUGAAGAAAGCAGAUGUCGGUUUUGCCAUGGGUAUAGCCGGUACAGAUGUGGCCAAGGAGGCUUCAGAUAUCAUCCUCACUGAUGACAACUUCAGCAGCAUUGUGAAAGCAGUUAUGUGGGGCCGAAACGUCUACGACAGCAUUUCCAAGUUUCUUCAGUUCCAGCUCACUGUCAACGUCGUGGCUGUUAUAGUAGCUUUCACUGGUGCUUGUAUCACACAGGAUUCUCCGCUCAAAGCAGUGCAGAUGUUGUGGGUCAACCUAAUCAUGGACACCUUUGCGUCUCUGGCCCUGGCGACAGAACCUCCCACAGAGUCUCUGCUGAGGAGGAAGCCGUACGGCCGCAAUAAGCCCCUCAUCUCCAGCACCAUGACCAAGAACAUCUUAGGCCACGCGGUCUACCAGCUCAUUCUCAUCUUCACGCUGCUUUUUGUCGGAGAGAAGAUAUUUGAUAUCGACAGCGGCCGUGACGCUCCCCUCCACUCUCCUCCGUCUGAGCAUUACACCAUCAUCUUCAACACCUUCGUCAUGAUGCAGCUGUUUAAUGAAAUCAACGCUCGCAAAAUACACGGAGAGAGGAAUGUGUUUGAUGGUAUCUUCAGGAACCCAAUUUUCUGCUCCAUUGUUUUUGGUACAUUUGCUAUGCAGAUUGUGAUUGUGCAGUUCGGAGGGAAGCCCUUCAGCUGUCAACCUCUGAACCUGGAAAAGUGGAUGUGGUGCAUCUUUCUCGGAAUGGGAGAGCUUGUCUGGGGACAGGUGAUAGCAACCAUACCAAACAGCAAGCUGCGCUUCCUGCGUCGAGCUGGCCAGUUAACUCAGAAAGAUGAGCUACCUGAGGAGGAUGUAAACGAGGAAAACGAUGAGAUCGACCAUGCAGAGAGGGAGCUGAGGAGAGGACAGAUCCUGUGGUUUAGAGGUCUAAAUCGCAUUCAGACUCAGAUCCGAGUUGUGAAUGCAUUCCGUAGCUCCCUUUACGAAGGCCUUGAAAAACAAGACUCCAGAACAUCCAUACACAACUUCAUGACCCACCCAGAGUUUAGGAUAGACGACUCCACACCCAGCAUCCCGCUCAUCGACGACACGGACGACGACUCCGCUCGGAAGAGGGGGAAGUACUCCAGCCAGCCCUCGUCCCCGAACAAGAACAACAAUGCCAUCGACAGCGGCAUCAACCUCACGAUCGACAUCAGUAAAUCCGCCGCGUCCUCCAGCCCCGCCAGUCCUCUGCACAGCUUGGAGACCAGCCUCUAACCCCCGACGCUAACCUCGGCUCCAACCUCCGAAGUCGUUCCCCUGCGGUCCAGGGACACCUCUUCCAGCUUGUCCAGACCUGUAACUGCUACUGUCCACCUUAUCACCAGUUCUCAUCUUCUCAACCCCAAAAAACACCAUUCCACCCCUCGAGAAAGGUCAGGUCCAAUGGAACAAAUACUUAUUUAUUCAUGUAACCUUAAUUCCGUAAACAUUUCCUCUCCUUUUAAAAAAAUGGAGCAAUUCUUAGUGACAUUGCAAGAUUAAAACAGAAAAACAAAACUAUCAUACAAUCCAUAAAGCUCAAUAAAGCCACAAAACCGACACAGCCAUCCUGAUUUUGUGGUUGCAUGUAUGGUGGCAGCCUUGACGGCGUGCAGGACUCGACGCUUGUACCGGUUAGCAUGUACUGUAUGAGCGUGCAGCUGAAUGCACGUUUGGACGAACUGCGUCAGCGGAGGACAACAAAGAGGGGAGAGGGGAGACCACCGAGGAGCGUAGACCGCAAAACAGACCUUUCUUGCUCUCCGGAAACUCCUUUUCUUCAGUAAUAAUAUUGUUAAUACAGAUACGGUAAUAGUUUAAUUUAAAUUGAAAACUGUUGUUAUUAUUCUAACUCUGGUUCUGAUUAUUAUUGCUAUUAUUCUUAUUGGUCCUGCAUGAAUGUACAUUACCCAAGUUUAUUUAAAGAAAAGGUUUAUUUUAUUGAAGUCAUUUGGUUUUGACGGGCUGGGCCUCGUGGUGGACUGCAAAUUGUGAGAGAAAAAAAACAAAACAAAACAGACGAAUGAGGAAAAAAAAAACAGCUUCUCUGAGUUCCUGGCCUGCAAAGUUCCCUCUUCUGUGUGGCAUGAACAUGUACUGGACUCUAAAGAAUUAUAUCACCCAUAAACAGAAUGGAAUCGGUAGGGCCAAACUUGCACAGUAGUUUUUGCACCUGUUGAAAAAGAGGAAGGCAAAAUCAAAAUAGCAAUGAUAGCUUUUAUGGGAUAUAUUCUAUACAUAUACAUUCAUGAAAAAUAUAUUUAGAGAGAGUUUAUCUUUGUUGGCAUGUUGCCUUGUUUCUGCUUUAAUGGCUCAAGUUACUUUUGACUUAUUUAUGUCUUAAACAGAAUGUAAUUGUUUACAACCUUGUAGAGAUCAAUUUCCUGGUUUUUUUAAAAGGAGGAGGGUCAAGUAGGAGCUCAGAUUUGUGUUGACUUAUUGUUCUARGGGGCGCAGGGGAUGACGUGCUGGAAAUUACUGCUAUAUUGUUAAACAAUGUAGAUAUUUUUAGAGGAUUAACAACAAAAAGAAACCAAACUACAAAGAGAUGCAUAGUACAGUACGUGUGAAAUCUUAGUAUUACUAAAUGAUUGUUGGGAUCAAAUAAGAGCGGCUUGCCUUUGUUUAAUUUCUUAACGAAUGCCUCCUUUUCGUGACAGAGGAGGAUAUUUGAUUCUUUUUUCAAUCUCUAUUUUUUUUAAACUGUAUUUUAUUUUUGCUUCGCUUCAGCGCUGACCUGGGGUCAGUGCUCGAGUAACAGGUUGAUAUUUAUUGAUUGAUUUACUGACGGUCCAAGCCUGAUUUAUUGAACUGUCCUGUAGGUAAACCUGCUUGUUUUAAGGAUUUGAUGUUUCAAAGAUUCCAUCCAAAGACUGCAGCUGUAUUCAGAGUUUGCAAAAUUUCUAUUCGGCUUACUGUACCACAAGAAAAGCAGACACAUUUUUGGUUGAAAUUGCAAUAUUUUAUGUAAUUAGUUUUUUUGUUUCCUUAUUUUUUUAAUCAAUAUUCCAGUUUAUAUKUAUUUGUUUUCAUCUAGAUACAUGCAGCCCCACCAAGCUGUUGGCAUUUUUACCAUCUAUAAAAAAACUGAAAAACUACAUAAAAACACCAAAACAAAUAACAACAAAAAAGGAAUGCUGCUUUGACUCUUUCUAUAUAUAUAAAUAUAUAUAUAUACUAAAAAAAAAGAUUUUCUGCACUAUCUGGUUAUGAAUGAAAUCUUCUGUGGUGUAWCUUUAGAUGUGCUUUUGUGUGUUUUAACCAAGCUUGUCUUCCUGCCGUCACAGAAUAUACAGUACUCUAGCAUCUCAACUGUACUCACUAGUUGUAAACUAUUUAUUGUACUUUGACCAAUCACCAGAGUGAAGUUACAUGCAGAAGGCACAUUUAACUCAUUUUAUUGCACUCAGAGGGACAAGGCCACCUAACUAGCCUCAACUAUUAUUACUCUAACUAAUCAAAGUCAGUGGCAAGCAUGAUGUGAUACAGUAGGUUCAUUAUGCAACUUGAAAAAAAUCCUAUUUAUUAGAGAGUAUAAGCAAUUAUUUAUCCAAGCAGUUCUACCUAAUUUAUUAUUUUCUUUUUUAUAUCCUCCUCCUCUGUCAUUGUUCAGCUUUAUGAGUCAGCUCAGGCAUGUCAGAAAUGUAACCAUCUGAUUCAUUUUUAUUUUUUUUWAAUUUAAGUUCUGGUUCUGAUGUUCACCUUUAGACACUCUUCAUUUUGUUAUCUUUCAGAUGUUUCAACUUGACAGUUUGUUCAUUUGACGAACAGUUUGUAUAUUUGAUUAAAUGAUUUGACAGUUUGUUUAUUUGUCUGUAAAAACAACAAGAAAAGACAAUAAAUAAAACAAUAAACAUAACUAUAGCAUUUUCAGUUAAAAGAAAUAAAAGAUAAAUAAAAAAAAUCCUUCAGCCAACUUUCUCAAACCACUUUUACAUCUUGAAGGACUUUGAGCUUUAAGAGAAUGCAAUGAGACUGAGGAUAAUUUCUUUUUCUGUUUUUUGUAAAUAGAGCACUGCAGGUCCAGCGUGGGCUGAAGUGAWAAAUAGGAACUACUUUCAACAACUUUACAAAGACUCACGCUGAUGACACGGCUCUGUGGCUGUAUGUAAACAAUCAUCGCUCCUGUCAGAAACAUAAAAACACAUCGUGAUUACAUCCUAAUCAUAACACGUGUUGUACCAUCCUGUCAUWAUGUUAAUGAUGACAUCGAUGAUGAUAUCAAUGAUACUUUUUGCAAUAUACUCUCACCUGCCUCGAUGUACUGUAUUUAGCAGCAUGCAGUUUGUGGAACAAAGAAAAAGAGAAAUGCCAACUCAUAGCUUUUUAUUUUGGCAUACUUAGCCAUUUAUGGGUAAGUGAGUUAAGUGUUCAUCUUGUUUUUAUGAUAUUUUUUUAUCUAUACAAUAAUUGUAAAUAAAGAACUCAAUGUCUUUGUUCAUUUAAUACUAUGCAAAAAGUCAUGCUUUUCUGAUUGUUAACCAUUUUAAUUCUAGAGUGUGCUGCUGAAAUGUUUGUGGUUUUAAACAUAAGUAAAAAUAAGAAAAAAAAACAAGCAAUGUGAUGUAAAUUAUUUCUAGCUUGAAGAAAAGUCAAGUGAUGCUGAAAAUGAUAAAGGUUUAUAAAGCGGUGGCUAUAAUGACAAUGAUGAUGAUGAAGAUGAUGAUGAUAAUGAUGAACUGUGACUCUCUCACUGCUUGACUGUCCCAUUCACCACACUCCUGACAGGAGCACUAGUGAAAACAUAAUAAUCACAAUAAAAAAAGAGAAAAAUCAUUGAAUAAAUUUCCUAGAGCAGCAUGA